CUGCAGUUGGAAGUCUCCUCCCACGAGACCAUUAUCGCCAUCCGGGAGGAGACUCUGCCCCCUCCCCCUUCCAGGAGCGUGACCCCCUUCUCGACUGAGUCCUGAGGUGACUGGUCCGUUGGUGCGGAAUGAUGGAAGAAAACCUUUCCAAAGCGGUGCCCAAACACUCACACCGUCGCCGCAGCUCCGCCAAGUCAACCCUGUAUGGAGAUGUUCGUGAUCUUUGGAGCACGGCCGCGCUGUCUACAGCAAAUGUGUCGGUGGCCGACGUCUGCGAGGACUUCGACGAGGAGGGCAGAGCUGUAGAGAAGUCUCGCAGGUACAGCCAGACCAUUUCUAUGAAGGAAAACCUCAACCUCAACCCAGAGGAGAUUCAGCAGCAAGCGCGUCUAGAGCUAGAGCUGCGCCGUGGCAGGUCUUUGGAGCGUGAUUUCGCGGUAGAUGAGGAGCACGACGAAUCUGUGAUCUCCCUUGUAAAGUCUACUUCAGAAUCAUCAUCACUCAGUCUGUCAAAGCAAACGCCGCAUCAAGCCUACUGGACAGAGCAGCAGAACAGGCUGCCCUUGCCGCUGAUGGAACUCAUGGAGAAUGAGGUUCUGGAAAUUCUCAGCAAAGCCCUCAUUACAUAUAAGACCACGAUUGGCAGGACCCACUUCAUGACUAAAGAGCUGCAGGGAUACAUCGAGGGGCUCAAGAAGCGCCGGAACCAGAGGCUGUUCUGUAUGUCUCAGUGAACCUCCAAUUCAAGCGCCCUACCAGACGUCAGCCCCAUGCCCUGUCCCAUUCCCCGGACCCAAGCUCGACCCCAUCUGCAUGGAAUUUGAGCCCUAGAGAAAUUAAAGAGUAUGUGCAUGGUUCCCGA